AUGCCUCUCAUUCAUCGUCAAACCGCCGACGGCGUGGUCGUGGUCCCUGCCACCUACGGCGACUACUCUGAUCUCGGCCCCGGCGCCAUAGUCGGCAUUACCCUCGGCGCCGUCGCCGGUUUCCUGCUCAUUCUCUGGACGGUGUACAUGUGCCUCAACUUCGGCCGGCCGAUCGACACCUCAUCCUCGUCAGUGUACACCGGUACCGCCUCGGCCUACUCUGUGCGCCGCUCCAAAAGCCGGCAUCAUCACCACAAACACCGCAGCCCCCGCACGAGAGUGAUUGCGACGGAGGAGGUGCGGGUCAGGGAGAGGGAAAGCAUCAGCAGGCCGCCGGGCCCGGUCAUUGUCGAAGCCGCGCCGAUGAUGCAGGAGCGCAGGGCUAGCCGGCCGCCGCCUCCGAGGGUCGUGACUGAUGACGAGGACGAGGACGAAGUGGUUGUGAUUGAGGAACACACACCCGAGAGGAGGCGGCGGCGACACAGCAGUUCGCAACGACACAGUAGUUCGCGGAGGCAUAGUCACCGGGGCGAGAGCCGGCGACGGAGCCGGGAUUACUGA